GGGUUUUGCUGGUUAGCACAUCCCUCCUCCCCCCCUUCUUUCUUUCUAUUCUUCUACCGCUUCCCCCCCCACAUCUUGAGAGCAGGAUUCCCUGGACCAAGUUGCGGAUAAUUCCUUCUCGAUAUUUCAUCGGGUUCAUUCGGUUUGGUACGGUACGCUCGCUGGCAGGCGUCGAAUCAUGGCUCGAGGCGGAUCAAGCACUGUGCGAGGAAGAUGGAUUGGAUAUGGGAUUUUGCUAGGGGGAUUGAUUUCUGGCGUUCAGAGCUUGGAUUGCCCUGUUCGACCUUUCGCUCUUCCCUGGGAAAAUACUACCAUCUUGAACUAUCCCGAUAGAGCGGCUGCUCAUAGAAGCGUCAGAUGGCAGGUUGGUUCCAACAAGCAAGUACUGGCCAUGCAGCUGGGGACAACACUCAACUCUACCUUCAUCCCCGACGGGGACAAGGUGUGCAAGAAUGAUGGAUCGACGGAUGAGCCGCCUGGGAAGUUUGGUUGCGUGUUUUGGAGAGGAGGACUCUUUCAGCCUGCGAGUAGUAAGACCUGGGUGAAGGAUACGGGUGUUGAGCCAUAUAACGGAUCCGUGAGAAAUGAAGGAUGGGAUUAUCUCCAUCAGGAUUUGUAUGCCAAGACUGGCAAGGAUCCGUUGUCUGAUUUCCCGAGAGGUUGGGACACGAUCACCUUUGGCGAUAAUCUUGAGGUUGAAGGUUACCCCAUGACCAUUAUCGAUGAUGGGAAAUUUCCCUUUGGUGCUGGCUUCAUUGGUCUUGCCUCCGAUUCCGUGUUUCUCAAGUCGGCCGUCCACGCGAACGUCACGCCUUCCGCCACCUGGUCUUUCGAUUACGGUCUCACAGCGGCAGAUGUUGCAGGUGAAUUAGUGGUUGGAGGUUACAACGCGGCCAAGGCCAAGCCGGAAGACUGGCACAACUUCACUGUUUCGGCGGACAAGAGCAAGCCUUGCCCUUUGCAGGUGACAGUUAGUAAGAUGAAAUGGGGGUCUACCGAUUUGAUGGCUGGAAUGGAACCAUUUAUGGCAUGCGUAGAACCGGCGUAUUGGUCAAUGAUAAUGCCCUAUCAAGUUCAACAAAAUUUCAACGACACUAUGCUGAACGGUCGUCGCAACACAACCUUUUGGAGGGCCACAUGGGAAUAUUUUUUUUAUAACUUAACGGACACGCUUCCUGAUGGUGACUUUACUAUCGAACUAGACACCGGGUUUUCGGUAACCAUGCCACGCUCGGAAUGGAUUUAUGAUGCAGUUCAGAUUAACGCCGAUGGACAUUGGGACAAAAUACCAGGAUCCAUCCAAGCAACCUUAGGAACCGCCGGUUACGCACCCGGAGUUACUCCUCUUCUGCCUUUCCUCGGCGCGCCCUUCCUUUCCCAGGCAUACCUUAUCGUUGACUAUUCAACCAAUCCUCAAACCUUUGCCCUGGCAAAGACUAAUCGUGCAAAGGCGGAUCAAAAGCUUGUGCCCCUGAGCUGCAAGGGAUCUGGUAACAUGACAACGCCAAAGGCCGAGAAAAAGACGCCAACCGGAGUGAUUGUUGGUUCAGCAGUAGGAGGAUUCGCAGUUCUGGCAAUAGUCGGGGCAAUAAUAUUCUGCCUCCUCCGCCGCCGCAAGCAGCGAGCAGAAGCGACUGCCGAGACGAACGUCUUUUCGGGAGCCGAUCCCCCAAAGACCGACAUGGCGGGCACGGGACUUUACCGUCCGCCAGCGUACACUUCCCCAGGCCCCUCCUCGAUUGCAGGCGCAUAUCCCCCUGAAUCGGUCAUGUCGGAUAACAACUCGACGAGAUCGCCGUCCGGAUACUCGCAUGUGCCUUCUUCCCCGCCGCCCUCUACUAGUGGGGUAUACAAUCCUCCGUCCUCCAUCCGUAGGCCAGCACCCGCGGCCGUGAACGCUGAUGGCCCUCCAGCUGAGCUGAGCGCACGACCACCAUCCGCGGCAGCUUUUCCCGGAAUUUUCCAGGAGGCGGACUAUGAUGCUGCGUCCUCGAAUGAAGGGAGCAAGGGGGGAAAGUGAACCAAAUAAGCUGUAAGGGACGAGACGUUUUCUUUAGUUACUAUUUUUCUCUCUUUCCCUUCUUCGGGGGGAGCGUUUAGCGGGCGUUCUAGGAUGUAUAUAUGAUGUAGUGGCAACAUCCGCUUUUCUCUUUCCAUAUUCUCUUUCUAGUUGCCUUCAUUUAAUUGUAUGAAGUUGUGUAACCUGAUAA